UUAUUGUAAAAACCUGUUACACAGUGUACUCAAAAAAAAUUUAAUAACUCCGACGGUACGUGUGAAUAAAGAUCUACUAAAUAUUACACAAAACUAAUAAAUAUGUGUUUAUACUUUUACGACUCUUUACUUUUAAUAAGUAGCAUUCUUAUAUUAGCAGUAUUCAUACAAACUGCAAGUACAAAUAAUGGCCCCGGAAUAUCGUCGUGUACUUAUAGUGGUACUUGUCAUGGCAAAGGAAAUAACGGUUCAUCGAAUAGCGCGAAUGACACGAAUGGCGCGAAUGGCACAAAUGGCACAAAUGGCACAAAUGGCACGAAUGGCACGAAUUCGGACAUACCGGAAUCGUGCACUGCUUUAAUUAUUGAUGGUUUUUAUGUAGAUGUGAAUUACAACAUUAAAUAUCCUAAUAAAGAAAACUGGGAAGGAAUAGUGAAGAAUUCUGAUAAGAAUAUAUUUUUAUUAUAUGGUCACACAAGUUAUGUUGAAUGGACUCAAGUGCUUGGUUGUGAAGCUUGUAAUGACGGAACCAACUCAAAGGAUGAAAUGAAAGCCUUAGGAGAAUUUUUGAAAAAUUAUGAUGGGAUAAAUGGUCUUAUUCUAACAAAUCUAGAACCUAGUAGUGAUUCCAAGGAAUUCAAGAAUUAUACUGAAAAUUUGAAACAAUAUAUUGAAGUGAUGAAAUCAAAUAUUUCUGAUUUAUCUAUUGGCAUUUUAAUUAGCGGGAAGUUUCUGAUAGAUCAAUAUACCAACCCACCGUUUCCUUGGUUGGAUUUCAAAAAACUAAAUCCGACUGUGGAUUUCUACGUUAUAAGCGUGGAAACAUUAAAUGAUUGCUCUGACGAAUUUAUAGAAGGAAUAGCUCCAAUGAAGGCAAAUUCAACAACUAAAUCGAAUUAUACAUUGAUGUAUUUAAAAAGUAUUUUACCAAAGACGUCUAUUCCAAAACAAAAUACAUAUUUUAAAUUUAAGUUGAGUCCUACAUCAAGUGAUGCUUCAGAGACUAAUGUGACCACUCAACAGAUAUGCGAAGAUUCAAAUUCUACAAGUUCUUGGUGUGUGGAUUCUAUAAAAACAUUUAAUGAAAAAGGUAAAUUUGCCAAAUCUGUUGGGGCAGGAUUUAUGGUUAGUAAUAUAAACGACGAUGAUCCUGGAAAUGAAUGUAAAUGUAAAAGCUAUCCCUCAUUCAAUGCUAUACUAGAUGGUUUUAAUGGUAAAUCCACAAAUAAAUGUGCUUCAUUAAACAGAACUUAGAUUCAUAAAGCAUAAACAACUUUUGGAUUAUGACCAUAACCUUGUAUUAGAUAAUUUUUGCGUUGUUUAAUUUUCAUUCUUAUUUCUAGAAACUCAUAUGGCCGUAACUGAUGGAUAAAUUUAGAGGUUAAGAUCCCACCCAAUUUCUUUUAAAAAAUUGAAUAAAUUAGCAGUCGAGAUAUUGACUGUUGUAACAAGAAUAAUUAUUUUAUUUUUUUUUGGUAAAAUAAUAUAAAAUAAAUAUUCUAUUUAAAUCAACAUCCAAAAUUUA